AUGUCUAAAAAUUUAGAAAAUUUUUGGGCGGUGUCAAAUAGAGUUUUGUUGGUCAGAAUACACGCAAAACCUUUCAACCUACCUGUUAUUCAAGUAUAUGCGCCAACGUCUGAAAGCAGUGAAGGCCUUGAUGCUUUUUACAGUGAUCUUGAUAAUGCUUUAAAAACAUAUAAAUCUCAAAAAAUUGUUAUCAUGAUGGGUGACUUGAAUGCAAAGUUGGCUCAGAAAAAAUACAGGACUUGUUACUAUGGAGGUGAUUGUGGCAGUAAUCAUAGCUCAGUUGUUUGUAAAAUCAGGAUAAAGUUGAAGAAAAUCAUGAGUGAAGUGGCCCCAAAACGUUUGAAUUUUGUCAGUCUGUCUCAAAAUGAUGAGAUCAAGGUCAAAUAUAACGUCGAAAAAUGCCCACACAGUAUAAUCAAGUAUAUAUCUGUGAAUGAGCAAAGAAGAGGUCAUAAAUGGAAAACAGAUGACAUCGUAUCUCUGAUGGAUAAACGAAGGAAAGUAAAAGGUUGCAGUCCUAAUAGUUACAAAAAGCUGGACAAAACAAUAAAAAAAAUGUGCUUUGAGGCAAAGAAGAAAUGGUUAAAUGACAAGUGCGAAAUCAUUGAAAACCAAAAACAAUAA